AAUAAACAAAGCCACAAUAAUUAUUAUUUUGUAUUUCUCUUCAAUUUGUUGUUUUUUCAAUAUAUAAUUGAAGAGUUGUAUAAUUUAAUAGUGUUCCUUUUUUUAGGGUAGUGGGACACUGAAGGCCACAUCUGUCAAAUCUCCACAGCAAGUCUACAAGUUAACCUACCAUUUAUUUGUGGCUCUGCUCCAAUUUGAUGUAUGCUUUCCUGGUUUUUCUUUCUUUUUUUCUUUUUUUUUGUCUUUUUUGCUAUUUUUCACUUAUGUCCUCAUACUGUAUUGUAUAGAUCUAUGUGAGACACUUGAAUAAGUCUCCUUACUGGAAUUAAAUAAGCUAAAUAACCUGUUUUGAAUUUCUAUCUGGUAGAGAAAAAGGAUGUUUCUUUCAAUGUCGGACUGUCUUCAGAGCAGUAAGCCCUCCUUAAAUUACCUGCUUCUGAGUGUCCCCUGAUGUUACCUACUUCUUAGUGUCCCCAGCUGUUUGGGAGUGUUGUUUACAAGAUCAGGGUGUUACAGAGGUUGAGAUACUGUUUCCUUUUGAUUUGGUUUUCAGGUGGUGGUGGAGGUAGUAUUCUGGAGUACAUGUAGGUGAAAGGAAGACAGAAAUGCAAAAUCUUGCAGGACGUGUUUUCUCUGCUAUGACUGAUGGAAGAAAUUUGACCAUUGAGAUAAACUCAGUUGGCUGCGGUGGGUAAAGGGCACUCAGUAGGGUGUCUGGGAUGUCAGGGGAUGAGAGAGAGAAAGAGAAAUCAGAUGUUGGUUUUUUUUUUUUUUUUUUGAAGGGGGAGGACAGCUCCCAAAUAUAGGAAGAGAAUCUGCUUCUAUAGGAUAAUCAGGGGAGAGGAAAGCCCCACCUAAGCUUGUGUUUGCCCUGCUGUGUGUAUUCAACCAGCAGGUUCUAGACCAGGAAGCAAAGGGCAGGGAGCUGGGCUCAGGUGGCAGCUUGGGACUGGGCAUCACCAGCUGGAGACGGACACCCUGAGCAGGAGCAGCUCCAAGUGAUACCAGGAAACCAGAGACACUUCUACCAGGGGCUCUACAGCCACAAUGGGUAACCAAAUGAGUGUUCCACAAAAAGUAGAAGACCAAGAAAAUGAAUCAGACACAGACACUCACAAGGUGACAUCUGAGAGUGAAUGUGAUCAGAACGGGAUGCCAGUGAUCAUUUCAACUCACACCGUUCAAUACUACGAUGAAGUCGAUUUGGGCAUAAGUGUCAAGCAGGAUAAUGGGACCACUUCUUCCCCCAAGACAAUGGAGAUAAGCACUAUUGCGGAUGCCAGUGGGAAGAAUCUUGGGAAAGAGGCCAAACCCAAGGCACCAGCUGCUAAAUCUCGUUUUUUCUUGACACUCUCUCAGUCUGUACCAGGACGUACCGGAGACCAAGCCACAGAUUCAUCCACUGCACCAGUGAAGCUUGAUGUCAGCUCCAAUAAAAUGCUAGGGAACAAAGACCCAAGUGAAAGCAUGGCACUUCCAGUAGCAGCUGCAACCAGACCUGACCCAAAUAAAACCCCUGGGCAGACCCCAGCCCAUGGAGAAAGCUUCGCUGCCAAUCAGGGACCAGUGCCUUUCCCACCCGAGUCAGAGGGGAAAAUCUCCUCAAACUCUAAGGACUCCAGCUUUUUGGACAAACUCUUCAAGCUGGAUAAGGGACGAGAAGAGGCACCAAGUGUUACCCAACAGAAAACCAGGAGCAUAGAGCUUACAGCCCAGGCUGGUGAUAUUCCUGGAUGUUCCAAGCCAUCCAAUGAUGAUGCAGAGACGGGCAAGGACAUAGUUGACAACAAGGUCAGAGAAGGACAAGAAAUCACACCUUCAAGUUGUUCUCUACCCCAAGGUCCAGAAGAACAGGAGGUUGUAAUAGAGGAUCCUCAGACCACAAAUACAACAGAGAAUAGUAAUUCCAUCAUGAGCUUCUUUAAAACCCUGGUUUCACCUAACAAAGCUGAAACAAAAAAAGAUCUGGAAGACACGGCAUCCAAAGCAGAAAUUGUCUGUGAUGGACAAGUUGGGCAGAAGACAUCCGACAUCCAGGCUAAAGGAACCAAGAAAAAGCACCUGCAUAGCCCCAGGCUAGGACUUGCCUUUAGAAAAUUCUUUAGGCAUAAGGGUGCUGAACAGUCACCCACCACUUCAACUGACCUCAAGUCAGACAAAGUCAACUUUGUCCCCCAAGAAAACCAAGGGACAGCCAAGAACCCUACAACCACUGAAACAGCCAAGGAAGGUGCCAAGGAAAAAGGGAACCCUACAUCUCUGCCUCUGGGCAAACUUUUUUGGAAAAAGUCAGUUAAAGAAGAGUCAGUCCCCCCAUGUGCAGAAGAGAAUGUGGUGUGUGAGUCACCAAUAGAGGUUACAAAGUCUGAGGAAGUAGAUUCAGCCUUACAAACAGUGGAUCUCAAUGAGGAAGAAGCCACACCUGAACCCACAGAAGAAAAACCCAAAAGAGAAGAGCGUAAACCACCUAGAACAUCCUUGAUGACAUUUCUCAGACAAAUGUCAGUGAAAGGGGAUGGAGGGAUCACCCACUCAGAAGAUAUAAAUGAGAAAGACCUCAGCUAUCAAACAUCAGACUCAACAGAGAAGGCUACCACCCCAUCACCACCAGCAGCUGAGCCUGAACCAGUAGCAACGGUGAACCAAAAGAGCAAAGAGUGCUCCUUAAAGGACAAGAAGCCGGCUGCUGAGAACAGCAAGCAAAAGAACAAUAAGCAGGAAGCCAAAGAACCUACUCAGGUUGUGGAGCCAGCUGUGGUGGAACUGAACUCCUUGCAGAAUGGCGACAAGACCCGAAAGAAACCUGAGAAACGGAGACAGUCCCUGGGGGGCUUCUUGAAGGGCCUAGGACCAAAGCGGAUGUUGGAUGCUCAAGUGCAAACGGAUCCUGUAUCUAUCGGACCAGUUGGCAAAUCCAAGUAAACAAAUCACUCCAGUUCCUAGCGAAUUCUCCUGCCACAAAGAUGUCUUCUCCUUACCCCAUCUCCUCCCCAACCCACUCCAUGUAUAUAUAUUUUUUUUUUCUUCUGAUGUCCAUCAAAUGAAAUUCUACCUACAAAUUAGCCUGAGAGGUUGUAUAUUGAGUUGUAUUAUUUACUUCUCUGGUCCAGUCUUUCCUGAUAAAUAAUGUAAAGAUGGUUUAGUAGGUUAACUAGUCAGGUCAGAGGCAUUGAUGGUUGCCAAGCAGGAGAAAAGUGGGUGGUGGAAUGCAUUCGGGCUAAGUUAUGAAAAAUAGUAGUGACAAGUAAGUACAGAAGAAAAAUGCCUGCUGAGAGGAACUAAGCCUUGUAGUAAAUACAUGCUCAUCCUCUAAGCUCGAAGAAGAGAGUUGAAAAUCUAUUUGCUUAAAUUCACAUUUCAAGGAGGGAGAGCAUGGACUCUGUUGGGAGGUUGCCAAUUUUCUAGAAUGGAAUGUGUGGGGAGUAAAAAAAAAAAAAAGGAAUGAAUAAGAGUUGGUUUUCAAAUAGUCCUUGAGAGUUAUUGACGAGAGGGUAAAGAUUGACUGGAGAGGGCUUGAGAUGAUUUGGGAGAAUAAUUGCUUUUUAGAAACUCAGUGACAAGCGCAAGGAUUAUGACUCCAAAAAAAAAAAAAAAAAAAAAAAAAAACCCCGAAACAAAACAGAUAAACGAAGUCACAAGCUCACUUUACAACACAAGGGGGCGCCGAGGUCUUCAUUUAAUCCUGUAUCCAAGCUAACAAAGAUUUGGUCUCUGCAAUCUUACAUUAUUAAUGUUUCUCAGAUGGCUGAGGGGCUUGCUUCAUCUGUUCUGUCUGACACUUAUCUCAAGUCUGUCUGUAAUUUCCUAAUGUGCUCUGAUAAAACCCUCCCCGUAAUCCCUGUUAAUAAAAAUUUACUGAAGAUGA